AUGCAAAAAGCUACGGAAUUUAUUAAAUUACGAUCAAAUACACGUCAGUUUCAUCGAACAUUCACAUUAGAUUCUGAUUUAUCGCACAUACGUUGGACUCCGACUAAUAAGAAACCCCAUAAAGCUAAAAUUGCAAUUGAAAGUAUUAAAGAAGUGCGUGUAGGAAAGAAUACGGAAUUAUUUCGUGCAUCAGAAACUUACGUAAAUGACACGCAGGAUGAAUCUGCGUUCUCAAUCAUACAUGGUGACCAAUAUGAAUGCCUGGAUUUGAUUGCAAAAACUCCUGAAGACGCUAAAAUAUGGAUCACUGGUUUGAUGUCGCUUACAUCUAAAUAUGCUGGUGAUUGUGAAUCGAAACCAUCAGGCUCACAGUCACUAGCAACACUUCGCGAAAGGUGGCUUCAAACAGUUUUUGAUGAAGCAGAUACAGGCAAAAUUGGUUACAUUCGAGAAAACCAAGCUGUGCAAUUAAUCAAGCAGCUUAAUCCAAGAAUAUUAUUGAGCAGAAUUAAGCAUAAAGUCAAAGAAGUAUGCGUACUCAAUUCCAAGGAAUCAGAACGUGGCAGAGUAACUCGAUCACAAUUCAUUGAAAUAACAAAGGCACCAAAAAAUUUUUACUUUUUAAAAAUAUGUUUGAUUAUAUUAUUGGGUGUUACGAUAGAUUUUUGUAAAACGAUUAUUGACCAAUACGAACCUUGCAUUGAGGCUCGUAAACUUAAUUUUAUGACCAUUGAUGGUUUUACUAAUUAUCUGAAUAGUGAAGAAAAUUACUUAUUUGAUAUGACACAUCGGAAGGUAUGCCAAGAAAUGAAUCAACCCUUUAACAAUUAUUUUAUUGCAACGUCACUUAAUGCGUAUCCGUGGACAGAUCAACAAAAAGAUCUCUCAGACUCUAAUGCUUACACGUUUUUUUUACGCAAGAAUUGCCGAUUUAUAGAAUUAAAUGUAUGGGAACCAGCGGAAAAUAGUGAUGAGAUUGAGUUAAUGAUUUAUAAUGGUUACGGUUCAUCAAAAUCUGCCUUACCAAAAAUCUUAAAUGUUAUUAACCAAACGGCUUUUGAAAGAACAAGAUAUCCGUUAUUCAUACGAUUUGAUAUUCAUCUAAGCAUCAAAUGGCAAUUAGUACUCAUUACAAUGUUAAACAACAUCUUUGGAAAAAAAUUAUACAAACCAAAAAAUGAUCUUUGCGAUUGGACAAAAAGUUUACAACAACCCACACCGAAAGACUUUCAGAUGAAAAUCAUUCUUGUCGGAAAAGAGAAUGCUGAAAAAAUUGAUGAAGAAAAUGAAAAGCAAAAUUAUAUGACUCGAUUAAAUAAUAUCCCAAAAUUCACCAAACCUAUGCCUAUUUGUGAAAAAUUGUCCGAAUUAAUGUGUCCUUGGAUAAUGCCUGUGAUUAUUAAGAAUGCAUCGUCAAUUAUGCAAAACACUUUGAAUGAAAAAUGUCAAUUAUUAUUGCUGUCAGAAUGCGAUUGUUUGAGAAUAAUACAAAAUCAUCCAGUAAAAAUUUCUCAAGCUGCCAAGGAUUAUUUAAUAUGUGUAACUCCGAAUUCAUCAAAUGAUGAUACUUCAAAUUUGAACCCACAAGAAUUUUGGAACUUUGGUAUUCAGAUGGUGGCACUGAAUUGCCAAACAUCAGGGCUUAUGAUGGAUUUACAAGAAGGCAAAUUUUCCGAAAACGGUGGAUGUGGAUACGUUUUAAAACCAUCGAUUUUACGUGAGGAAUGUUUUUUCACGCCUGGUGAUAAAAUACCUUUCCCACCGCAGAUUUUGCACUUGCGAAUUCUUUCCGGUCAACAAUUACCACGACCACGUGGAUCAACUGCAAAAGGUGAUUUCACAGAUCCAUAUGUGGUCAUAGAAAUUUAUGGAUUCUCUUUGGACUAUGCAGAAGAACGGACAAAAACUGCAAAAAAUGAUAGCAACACUGAGAAUUUAAAAAUAAUACCUUGCGCUAAUCCAACAUUUGAUGAAUCGUUCCAAUUUCAAAUAACUGUACCUGAAAUGGCUUUGAUUAGAUUUUUAGUUCUGGAUGAUGAUUUUAUUAAUGAUGAUUUUAUUGGGCAAUAUACUAUUCCAUUUGAGUGCAUGCAAAGUGGAUAUCGACAUAUACCAUUACUGAACCGAGAGGGUGAAGUACUGGAGAACUGUACAUUGUUUAUUCACGUUGCUAUAACUAAUCGUUGUGGAGGAGGGGUAAAGUGA